CCGGCGACAGCAGGAGGGAGGAAGCUAGCUGUGCUUACAGGCUAUUAGCUAAGCUCUUUUGAAUGUCUGGCGGUUGUUUUUGUUUUGUUUUUUAUUUGUCUGCGACAUUACUGGAAACUUGAGUAGCACAAAAACCGAAAACGGUUUGUGGUGCAGUGGUUUUCAAGAUGCAGUGAUUGUGCGUGUUGCUGCUGAAGUGGAGCGAACCAGGAAGAUAUGUUAGCAUAACGAGCUACCUGCUUAAUUAGCUAACUUUAAUGGAAGAAACGAGAGGAGGGUGGAAAAACACAACCCAGGGUUUGGGAUUAUUUCACUUGUAGAUUUGAAACUGCACUUUCGCCGGACAAUGGAUGAGCUGGUCCAUGACCUGGUGUCAGCGCUGGAGGAGAGCUCCGAACAAGCGGCACGCGGCGGUCUCGGUGAUGGUGGAGAUCACGGCCUGUCGGUGGGCUGCCUGCUGAAGAGACAGGCUCGGAAGCGGAGGGGCCGGAAGCGGCGGUCUGACAACCCGCAUCCACCGUGGGAGACGGGUCACCUCAGCGAAGGUUCAGAGUCCAGCGUGGAGGAACAUAAGGACUACCGUGCCGGCACAGGGGGCGUAUCUGGUGCCAAUAGCCACGCCCGUGACAACAGCGACUCUGAUGAGCAGCUCGGCCCCAAGAGACGUCCGCCCCACGUUACCGAUCUGGGCCGCAGCAAGCGUCCGCUCUGGCCCGACGACCUUGCCGUUCUGGGCUCAGCAGAAGGCACGCGCAGCCUCAGGCGGCGGCGUAAAGUCAAACGAAUGGCCGUCGACCCGCCCGCCGAACAGGAGCACCCGUCCUCCAUUGUACUGGGCCCUCCGCCAGUCCCAAAAGCAUACGUUGGCGGGAGGUCGCAACGGCUGGGUUCAGGUCAGGGGAGGGGCUCCAUGGAGCUGUGCGGAGGGGUCCUGAUGGGGUCAGGAGGGGGGAAGAACCAUGUUAAAAAAAGGAAACUGGUGGCACACAAAGUGGGUCUGGAGGCGGCGGAUGAAGGGGUGGUGGUUGAGAGUGAAGACCCCAUCUCAUCUCCGACCGAAGGAUCUAAGGACAAGAUGGAGCUUGAGGAGCAAAAAGGCUCAGAUGAGGACAUGAGUGACAGGUGUGAAACCAGCAGUGUCAGCAACAGCAGUGAUGGUGGCCUUUACACUAAUGAUGAGGGAAGGCAAGGGGAUGAUGAACAGAGUGACUGGUUCUGCGAAGGGGAUCCGGGUUCUGGUUCCGGUCCUGGUGGCGCAUGUGGGAUAGCCGGAGUGGUCCCCUGGUGGGAAAGGGAGACGGCGUCGGAGGAGCUGGAUCUCGCUGACCCCGUCUUUAACAGCAUUCUGACCGGGUCAUUUCCACUCCUGACCCCGGGGUCACAGAGAGGAUUUCAGGCAAGGUUGAGCCGUCUCCAUGGAAACCAGCAAGGCCCUGAGGCAGGGCUGCAGGGAAGCUCCAGCCAUGGGUUCAAUGAAAGACUUGGCAGACAAACGCAAGACUCCCACGAGCCUUGGUUUAGCUCCGCCUCCAGGAGAGACCACGGCCAGUUGCACUGGGACGCGCGGACAGACAGAGGCCAUCGGAGGAGCUGUUCGGUAAAAACGGCGAGCAGGCAGACCAGUGGGCACCUGGGCUCCCUCUGCACAGGAGACGUGAAACGGAGGCGAAAGGCAGCCCCCCUCGGUUCCACUGCCCCCCCAGGUGUCGUCGGGGAGAACGCUCCUCCCAUUCCAGACACAAACAUGGGGAACCGCAUGUUGCAGAGCAUGGGAUGGAACCCCGGCAUGGGCCUCGGUCCGGAGGGAGGCGGCAUCACAGAGCCCGUCCGAGCUACUCAGAGACCCAAAAGGGCGGGUUUAGGUUUCAACUGACCUCCCCAGGACUCAACGCCACUCCUUCUCUUGGCCUGAACAAAUCAUCAAAUAAGAAAAGGACCCAAAUCAAGUUCUCACAACGAGGAUUUGAGGGUUUCCAGACACCAUAAGAAGAAAGACUUGGUGUUCCAAGAGCUUCUGAUAUCAAAGACAAACUUUCCCAUAUUGGGGAAACUAAAACAAAAAAAGAAAUCCAGUGAUUGACACAGAGACUGCUGGUCUGUUGGAGGCGAUUAUUGGACACUGAAAUUGAAACAUGAUUUAGUUACCUUUUGCUAGAUCUCCAUGUUGGAGAAAAAUAGUGACAUUGUUGCUACAAAACACUUACCUCACUUGCUAGUGUUGCUUGUCCAAAAACUGGCACAGUGAAACAAGAGCAGUUGACCUGUGAUGAGAGAAAAGUUAGCUAGAAUCAACUAGUUCACAAGAAAUGGUUAUUGCACAACAGUUUUGGAAUCAAAGGUUCGAGUGUGGGGGCUCUGCACGAAAGUGAGUGGGUUUUUCUGAAUGGUAAUUCUUUUUUAUUCUUGAAAUAAUAGAGUGGACUGUUUUACCAGUUCAAAAAAAGAAAGGAAAACUAAGUUAAACUACUGUCUGUGCUUCAUUUGGCAACACAAGCAUGUGCAGCUGCUGCAGGUUUCUGCUGAGGUUCACAAAAGCAACUCCCACUCUUCUGCUCGCAUUUUCUACUCUGUAUAAGUUAUAAUAACCACGCCAAUGGAGAUGACUCCAUUUGACUUGAUUUUAUAAAGUAUUUUAAUGGAAAUUUUGAAUAGAAAAAAAAAAUCAUUUUUUUUUGAAGAGUUUAACUUUUAAAGAGCCCCGUUUGCUUUAUAAAACCAGAAUGUCAUCUAGGGACAAAUAUAACUCAGCAGAACAAAGCGAAAUCGGUCAAUUCUGGGUUUGAAACAACUUUGUUCAGCAUCAUGGACCAUACGAAACCUUAAGAUCUGAAGAUUUCUGCAUGGCAGCGUGAUUUCAUCCCCCUGAAUGGUAUUUCUUUAGAAAUAAUGUUGAACCAAAGAUCACUUUAAAAAGCAACAAUGACUAUUUUACUGUAAUCUUAGCACGUUUCCCAUCUUCAGAGGUUAUUUAAAUACUAAUCAGUUGUAUUUUUCAUUUGGUAGAGCAUCCAUUCAUCAUCUAAAAUGAUAUUUUGUGCAAUGGAUAUUGUUUUUUUGUUUUUCAGUGUAAUAAGGAAGUGUGAGGUCUAAGUGAGGUAAAUGAAGAUUAAUGUCAUUUUAAUGCAUUUUCCUUCUAUUUUUGUUGUGCUUUCCUUUUCUCCUCAGUCCAUGCACAAUUCUCCACUUUGAACCAAAAAAUGUUUUGUAAACCCCUUUUGAAAUAAAACUGAAAUCGACCCCC